AGCGACAAGGAGUUGAUUAUACUCUACGAGAAGAAGACUGGAGAAGAUUCGUACGGUCUUGCCUACGUGCGCCUGACCACGCAGCUGGAUCGGAUAAAGGAGGUGGUGAGGAGUUGGACUGCGUUGGACGCCGCCUUGCAAAGCUGCAAAGCCAGCGGAAACCUCGACCCGCGAAAGAGGGGCAUGUGCAGCGGCCCUCUUCCCACCAAAGGGCUGGUGGGGUUUUUGUCCGGGAAGUCAACUGGCGGCAAGUGGGAGGACGAGUACCUCGGCGUGGACGCGACAGUCCAUGGGGCAGCAACAAAGUUUACGAACGGCGUGACGUUCAGCGGCGCCGGAGCGGGGGCGGAGUGGCCCGUGGGGAAACUGGGGCAGAACCAGCCGUACUACUCUGCGAACAACAAGUUCGCUCUUGCGGCGACGGUGACGAUCCACGCGGUGCCGGAGGAGGACGGCACUCCUCUGCUGGGCGUGAGGAUGAAAGACGCAGCGAACACUGUGCUCUUCGGCCUCUCGUACACGAAGGACAAGAAGUGGAAAGCCAAACUUGAUAAUGCCGAUGCCGAGGAGCAUGCUGAGGCGUGGGAGAAUGACAAGACGUAUCAAGUGGCCCUGCAAAUGGAUACUGAUGAUUGA